AUGACAUUGUUUGUGGAUGGCUCCUGUUACAGAGAUGGGGCGGCACUCAAAGCAGGGUAUGCCAUUAGCCAGACAAAGGAGGAGGAGGUGCCACCUGCAGUGAAGCCGGGGGACCUGGUCUAUGUGAAAACCUUCCGACGGAAGUGGCAUACUCCACGGAGGGAAGGUCCCUACGAGGUCGUGAACGCGACGUCAACGGCGGUGCAGGUGAAGGGAUCGCCGACGUGGUACCACCUGAACCACUGCGUCAAGGCCCCGGCUGACGGCAACGAGGAAAAGACCAUAAAGGAAAAGGAGAAGAAUGACCAUGGCUGCCAAGGCGAUGAGUCCUUGGAAGGGGGGGACGAGGAUCCUCGUGGUGCUGGUAAUGACAAUGAUAGUACCGCUGAGUUCCCUGCCGUCAUCCUGGUGGAAGGGACAGGAACUCCCACUGGCCGAGAGACAUAG